AUGAGCAUGACUGGCAUCCAGCGAGGUGUGUGGGGUCUACUGCUCUGGCCUUAUAUUCUUACUGUAAGCAUGCCACUAGACUGUAAAGAAGAGCCGGGCAGCUUUACUCGCUGCCCCUCCAUCUCACAAGAGAAACUUCUCGACAGAGUCAUCCAUCAUGCUGAGCUCAUCUACCGUGUCUCAGAAGAAGCUUGUUCCUUAUUUGAGGAGAUGUUCAUCCCACUCCCUCUGCGACUUCAGAGUAACCAGGCUGGCUAUGCAUGUAUCACCAAUGCAUUACCCAUCCCCAGCUCCAAAAGUGAAAUUCAACAGAUAUCCGAUACAUGGUUGCUCCACUCUGUGUUGAUGCUGGUUCAGUCAUGGAUUGAGCCCUUGGUCUACCUGCAAACAACACUGGAUCGCUAUGAUCAUGCUCCUGAAAUGCUGCUCAACAAGACAAAAUGGGUUUCUGAGAAGCUGGCCAGUCUGGAGCAAGGGGUGGUUGCCCUCAUUAAAAAGAUGCUGGAUGAGGGGACCUUUACCACAACCUACAGUGAACAAGGCCCAUUCCAGUAUGAUGUGCUGCCAGAUAUGCUGGAAUCUGUUAUGAGAGACUAUACCUUACUCAGCUGCUUCAAAAAGGAUGCUCAUAAGAUGGAGACUUUCCUCAAGCUUCUUAAGUGUCGUCAAGCUGACAACUACAACUGUGCAUAA